AGUGUGUGAUGAACUUUUGAACGUUCAAGUUCAGUUGUAUAAAAGCUCAAGGAGUUGAAGGAGUGAAGGCAAUUCUUUGAAGAGAAACCCUCAAUAAUUGUUGUUGGUUGUGACAAAAGAAAUUACUUGCAAUUUAUUAUAAUUUUCACGUAACCUCAAUUGCAAGCAUAAUAGCAACAUUUUGCACGGAAAUGCAAGAGGUGGUGGUGAGCAGCAAAUGUGGAGAGUUAAUUUACUCUGUGAAGUAAAUGAGAAAUUUAUGGUAAUUCACGCGGGUGAAUAGAACCAAAGCGAGGUUCUUUUUUUCUCACCCUCGCUCAUCGGUAAAAAGGGAACAAAGAAUUAAUUGGUGCUAUGUGUUCAUGAAAAAUCCUACUAAUAUACCCAACUAACAAAGUGAAAAAGUUUUUGAACCAACAAGAGCAAAAAAAAUUCUUUUAGGGCAUUAAAAGCAAAUGCACAGGUGAAGUGAUUAAUAAAAGUUUCCUUUUUUUUUAAAGUUAAUAUUAGGAAAGAGAAUUUUUUGUAAUUGAAAGAAUCAGAGUGGAAAGAUUCCUUCGUAUACAUACAUAUAUAUAAUGUGAUGUGAGUGAGGGAUAUGUUUAAUGAAAUAAUCCCGGGAAGAAAUGGUACAAAAAUUCUCUGUGGAUCAUCAUUGGAGUGUCUGCAAAUUGUAUGGCAAGUGUGCGAAUCUGAUUGUAAUGUAUAAAUCAGCUCUCAGGACGCACUAAACAGGAUUACUUUAUCACCAUGGAUAUCGACGUAGACAUUAAGCUUCUUACAACGGGAUAUUUGGAUAGCACGGUAACGUCAAAUUUUAAUGAUACCACCUGGCCAAAAAUCGUGGAGCAUCCGGAGGAUGUUGAGGAAGAGCCAGACGCUGUGACAUUGUUAUCAAUUUUACUUGUUGGUGUUUUUUUAUCGCUACUUAUUUUUUUGUCGGUUGCUGGCAACAUUUUAGUGUGUAUCGCCAUUUAUACAGAACGGAGCUUACGACGAAUCGGAAAUUUAUUUUUAGCCUCUUUAGCCAUAGCCGAUCUAUUUGUCGCAUCACUAGUUAUGACCUUUGCGGGGGUGAACGAUUUAUUAGGUUAUUGGGUUUUUGGUGCCCAAUUUUGUGACACUUGGGUUGCCUUCGAUGUGAUGUGCUCGACUGCCUCCAUUUUAAAUCUAUGUGCCAUUUCGCUGGAUCGAUACAUUCACAUAAAGGAUCCUCUCAGGUAUGGACGAUGGGUUACCCGACGAGUGGCUGUGGGUACAAUUGUGGCCAUUUGGCUACUUGCCGGGCUCGUGUCCUUUGUACCCAUCUCCUUCAAUCUGCAUCGACCCAACAUACCGGAUGAUGACAAUGGCAAGAAGUAUCCAACAUGUGCACUGGAUCUCACACCAACCUACGCUGUGGUCUCCAGUUGUAUCAGCUUCUAUGUACCUUGCAUCGUUAUGAUUGGAAUUUACUGCAGGCUAUAUUGCUAUGCUCAGAAGCAUGUCAAAUCAAUACGAGCCGUCACACGGCCCGGGGAAAUUGCAGAGAAGCGCUAUCGCAGCAUCCGGCGUCCAAAGGCGCAGAAGAAACUUAAGAUUCGACAGCUGCACACCUCAUCGCCGUACCACGUGUCGGACCACAAGGCUGCCAUAACAGUGGGUGUCAUCAUGGGUGUCUUCCUCAUCUGCUGGGUCCCCUUCUUCUGUGUCAACAUCGUUGCGGCAUUCUGCAAAACCUGCAUCGGCGGGCAAACCUUCAAAAUUCUCUCGUGGCUCGGCUACUCAAAUUCCGCCUUCAACCCCAUCAUUUACUCCAUCUUCAAUGCCGAGUUCCGUGAGGCCUUCAAGCGCAUCCUCACGGCACGCAAUACGUGGUGCUGUUGCUCAAAUGAAAUGGGCAACGUACAUCCCCGCAACAGUGAUCGCUACGUCACGGACUACGCUGCCAAGAAUGUGGUAAUGAAUUCCGGGAGGUCGUCUGCUGAGCUUGAGCAAGUGUCUGCAAUUUGACCAAGCACACGCCCACCAAAGCUCGAUGGUGGUUGUCUCUAACUUUCACAUGUCACACAUCUCUCUCUCAGCUAUAAAUCGUCCAGUGCGACCGUGCGUGAGUGAUUUUGAAAUUGAAAACAUGAAUGGCAAUGUGUGUGAAAACAUUCUCUCUGAAAAACCCCCUUCCAAAGAUAUUAGAACAUUAUGGCUAGUCAUGCCCAAAAAGAGCUUUCCUGCGGGACAAUCUCAGAAGAAAUGAGAAAAAAAAAUUUCCUAUCUCAAUAUUUUCUCUCUCUGUGUAAAUAAAGUGAUGUAAAAAAAAAUAUUAUGAUGGUACCGAGGGUGUACUGUGAGAGGAUAUAAAAUAUGUUGUACAUAGAGAGCUUUAGGCAACAAAAACAACAAGAAAAAAAAAACGUAUAAAUGUAUAAGGUUUUAAUAUGUGAAAGAGCACGGUAUAUAGUGAAAAUGGGUGAAAAAUUUCCAUCAAAAUUAAUCCAAGUCCGGAAGGAGAUAAUCUCUUCUUCAUCUCCCAGCAAUUUGAGAUGAAGGGAUACACACACCGGAAAUCCGCAGCAAUGAGGAGACCAAGUCCCUUGUGGCUCCCCCGUAUUUACCACCAUUUUACACAAACCAUUGCGGAAAUCCACACUGAGCCGCGAGGAUGAAUAUUUCAGUGGGAAAUGGCGAACAGCAAAAAGAAAAUGUGAGCCAAAAAAAAGAGUAUUAAACCCAAAUAUGUGUGAUAGCUUUAAGAACUUAUGAUAUUCACCGAGAUAAAAUCAUUCCUCCUUCAUCUGCCUACACGUCUAUUGAGGGUUAAAAUAAUACAUAUCCAUUCCAACCCCGUCACUACCCCAAAGAAACCAAAGAAAAGGAAUACAGCAUCACCGCCAAAGAAAAUCCACGGAAAAUGUUAUGUGUUUGUAGGGUGGAAGCUAUGGGAAAAAAUAUUCAUAUUGUUGGUAAUCGGUGUUCCUUGAGAAAGCUCCUCCGCAGAGUAUUUUAAUAUGACGCGAAAGCAUAGAGGCAAAAAAGGAAGCUGAAUAUGCUAAGAAGUCUUAAGAAAUUCUAAUUUCUUUUUCUCAAAUUUCCCACGAUUUUUCACUUUUCCCCUAUUUUCAUUGUGUUUCUGCAUCAGCAAAAAAUAAAUAACAUAAUAAGAUCCUCUUUCUCUCUCGCGUUAUGUCUACCACCAUGGAGAGAUGCCAAGAAGUAUGAAUGACAAAGAAAAGCACCUUCAAAGCAUAUUUAUUUGAAUGAAUGCCCCAAGGAUGGUCCAUGAACUUAAUUUAGAGUCUAAAAGAGAAUAUAAAAUUUGAUUUGCGUAGGGUGAAAAUCCACCGCAAAGAACUUCCAAAAAAAAAAAUUUCACGAUGCAAAACACCAGACAUAUCCUUUCUUAUCUUACUUACAAACAAAAUGAAGAGAAAAAAAUCUUUAAAAAAAAUAUGUAGAAAAAGCAAGAAUGUCAUAAGAAAGCACAUUCGAUUUUUUUUUAUAAUUGUGAUAAAAGACUGAAAAACAAUCUCUUGUAAAUAGUUGUUUAAGAUGAAAGAGUGUAUUAGAUAAAAAGAAAGAGUUUAUUAAUGUUUUUUCCUAAAAUUAGGUAGUAAAAAAUCCUUUUUAAAUCCAUCCUACAUAUAGAAAAAAAUCCACCCCUCCCCCUAAUCAUUUAGCAAAUUGUAUUUAUGUAUAAAAACCCCCAUAGAGGGUGAAAUAAGCCAUUUGGAAAUAAAUAUAUCCACUGCAUAUUAUCUGCUCGUCACACAAUUCACAUAAAACUCCAUCAACUUUUCCCGUGAAAAUAAACAUUAGUCCAACCGUUUGUUUAAUUCAAAGCGUAUAAACGAUAUACGUAUUUAUAUUUUCAUUUAAUUCUAUUUAACAAUGCAAUGGUUGGAAAUUAUAAUGCCAGCUUUUCGUUUACAAUAUCAAACCUUUUAUGAACUUUUCAUUAAAUUAAAAUUAAUUUAAAAUAACCAAAGCUUUUAAAAGACCUUGAUAAACAAUCAUAACAAAAGCUAAUUAUGUAUUAAAAUAAUGAAAGCGACUCAUAAAUAUUUUAUCUGUGAUUUUAUUAACUUAUUUUUUUCCAGAAAAAUUCAGAAAUUCUGCUUUUAGAAUGAAUUAAAACUUAAACCAAAAAUAAAAUCAAUAUUGGAAAUUUUUCUUUUUCAAAUAAAUGUGGCUGUGCGGCGAAAAAUUCAUUAAACCAACUACAAAAAAGCUCAGGAGUCAAUUUAAAUCCAUCAUCCCACCUCGUAAAGCUUAUUGUAUGUUCAGGGUAGUAUUUCUAUAAUUUCAUACAACGUGAUUUGAAAUUUUAACAUCUUUUCAGCUCCAGUUUUUAGGUCAAUCGAAUUUACAAAGAAACUGAGUGAGAAAUAAACAGAAAGAAUCUCAAUGUUUGACUUAAUCUUUGUUACUUUUAACACUUUCCCCAGACUUGUGGUUUAUUUGAGACUUCACUUUGAAACUUCUUACCACCUACAAGACUUUUAGCAAGUUCUGAGAUCAAAGGAGUUAGGCGUAAUUGACAAAACUCUAUCCAUUGGAAAAACGAUAAAGCAAAUCAUCCAAAGACAUCCAUAUUUCCUUAUCCCUUUAUAAUGAUUAAAUAAUGGAAACUAACACUACAAUAUGAGAAAAUCCCUGACAUGUUUCUAGUUGCAUUAAAUUGCACAGAAACAACUCUAUAUAUGCCUUUGUUGUCUUGUAAGUGUUUGCAAUUCAACACAAGACGUUACUGUGUGAUCUUCCAAUAAUGCAAAAUUUGAGAACAAUGCCAAAUUGUUCAUUGUUCGUGCACCUUGCUCAGCCAAACGAGGAUUGCUUUAUUGGGCAAAGAACGCUCAUAUUUCCCCCCAAUGUUAUAUAGUUACCCCCCUAGGCAAAAGGUCACUGCACAACAAACAGCCACCUCUUGAUACAUUCACCUAAGGACCAUCUUCACAGGAAAGCUUCUUGACUUCUCUCACUAUCUCACUCGGAGUUAUCGCAAAGCUUGGUGCAAAAAAAGGAAGAACAAUAUAAAGUCCUGGGGAAAUAAUAUAAUUUAUAUGACUUUCACGGUGGUGCACAAUGGCGUGAAAGUCAUUGAGAGAUGUAUUGCAAUUUAUCUAAUUUAUCUCAUGGGAAUAAUUUUCUUCUCCGUUAGGACCGUCUGUGAGACAUUCGUCAAGAAAACUUGGCCAACAAGUGGUUCAUUUUAAUCAAUCGAUUAUUUUGCCAUUGUCUCUCACACGCUCCACGUACAUAUAUUGCUAUUUCUAUCAGCAGAGCAUAUCUUUUGCUAUAUACCUUUUGUAUUUAUGUAUCUCCAGUAGCAUCACAACAAACACUUAAUUGAUAAAUAAUUGCUAUGGUGGAGAGAUCACACUUUAUCACCAUCAAUAUAUCACGAGAAAUUACUCUUAACCCACCCCCCAUCCCUCCAUUAUUCGCCGUCUAUUGUGGAUUAUUAAAUAGGGCUCAUAAUCGCAAUUUCCCACACGACAUACCAUCUAUAUAGCAUAAAUUCCAUACAAUACCUCAUUUGGGGGUGAUUGCGGAGGAAAGAUGAGGACUCUUGAUUGGGGAAAUUGCAGUUAUUGCAGCAAUAUUGAAAUUCUCAUGCCGCCACAAAACACAACAAUUUCUUGAGUAUAUAUUAUAUAUCUAAUUUCACGAGGGUUCUCAAACUUUGUACCCCUGACUGGGUGAAAGCGCACUUAUGUCGAUAAGUAUGAUGGGAGUUAUAAGCUUUGAAAUUGGCUUUUGUGAGAAUAUUUUGGAGUGGAAAGACAGAAAUGUUAAGAGCUUUGAAUUGAGGCAUCAAUUCAGAAGUACAAAAGCACGAAAAUUCAGUUAAGGAAUUAAUGCUUGCGGAUAAGACUUAUUGUUAGAUUUUCAACUACCAAAGCUUGCAAAGCUUUAUCAACUAUUUAGAGCUUGCGAUUUAUAAAUUUUUAAUGAUGAUUUACGAGCAAAUUUAAAUCAAUCAAAAUCUCGGUAAAUAUAGCUUUUUUAUUAUACAUAAAUCAAGAUUAUGAUUGAUUGUGCUUCUUCCUUCAUUUUAAAAUAUUUUUUCCUUGGAAACUCCUCGAAUAUAUAGCCAGAUUUAUAUAUAAAAUUGAAACAAAAUUAUUAUGACAUUAAUUUAACGUGUUAAUUUUAUUGAUAAAAAGUCAAUAAAAUUCUCAUUUAACUCCCUUAACUCUAUUUUGUAAAUAUAUGAUUAAAUAGGAAUUAAUGCAAAAUCAUGGAUAAUUAAUUUGACAAGGACAUUUACAAAAAAGCUCAAUAAAAAACAGAUAAAAAUGAAUAAAACCAACAAUUUCUAAAAAUUAAAUAUAAUUUUUGAAUUAUUCAGCAAUAAAAUUCCAACUAUAUAAUUUAAUAAGUUCUAUGAUUAACACAAUGUUUUACAAUCAUGUUAACAUUUUGCCAUCUUUCCGCCCCAGCAACUACAGUGAAACUUUUAGCUGGCGUUUUCCACAAAUUGCAUUUUUGCAGAUGUUUUCUGCACUCUUUUUUUUCGUCCACUCAUCGCAAUUUUAAUUAAAUUUUAAUACAAUCCACAGUUCUUUUGCAGUGCGAGAAUUAAUUUAGGAGUGCUAAGGCGAACACAUGACCUCAAACGCGUAAAGAUGUGGACAGAGAAGAGCUUUAAUAAGCUUUUUUUUGCAAGCUUUUCUGUAGCACCAAAUUGAGAAGGAAUUAAGUAUAAAAUUAAUGGGUCAGGGGUUUCAAAAUAGAAGCUAACCAGCGUCCUUUAAUUGCCACUAUAGCUCUGUGGUGGCAUUGAAUCAUUCCCACAUAAAGGAAGAAAUAGUGUUGAAAUAAUAUUUGACGAGAAUACGUCCCCCAACUGUGGGUGAAAAUUGAACUUUCAUACACAUUUUCUCUCAAUGAAUUGAAAAUUAAAUUAACAUUCAUAUUCAAUAGCAUUUUACCCUUGGGUGUGAACUCAUAUUGCAAAACUGAAAAUUGAUUCUGUCAUUUUUCCAGGCUAUAGAACUUUCCCAACUUUGUUCUAUAAAUGGAUUUAAAAUUAAUAUUGAAUGAUUCUCCAUGAUAAGAAGAGUGUGAUUUUGAGUAUGGCAGUUUGUGCUGCAAUUUGUUCACAAAUUUUUCCCACUCACUUUCUGUUUAUUUGCCUGAUUUUAUUAAAUUUGGAGAAUGCAAAAAAAAACCAAUUUGUAAAAUAAAAAAUUUAAUAUUAUUGAAUUAACUUCAAUGGACCAUUUUGCGCGAAUAGCUUUGUACGGCACAGCUAUUUGUAUGAGCAUCAUGUUUGUGUAUGUUUAAUGAGAGUAAAUGUUUAUGAAAUGUAAUUAUAAUUGAUUUGGUGAACAUAUAGAGAGGCCCCAUACAGAGUUGGGUAUUUAUUAAUCAAUAAAUUGGUAUGCAAUUACCCCGGCAAUACUUGCUCAUUUUGCAUUGACAAUUUAAUUGAUUGGGCGAGAAAUACUCAAGCUUUUGCUAAAAUAACCAAAGGUCAAAUAAAAUAAAAUAAUUAAUGAAUUUCUAUGAAAAUUUUGAUUGGAAAUUUUAGGGUAAACAAUAGCCAUUGGAAAUUGGUUGAAAUUCAAAGAAACGUUAAAGAGAAUGAAUUUUGAGGCAUUUAUUUAUUUAUGAAAAAAAGCUUCGAAACUUUAACAAUGAGAACGAGCUUCUCUGUCUAAUUUAGAGCAAAAAGCUAAUAAAUCCUUAUUUGGUAAACGUAACCCAUAAACGUUUACUUAACCACAAAAUGAUUCAUAUCCACAAAAAGCAAAGCAUUAAAGCAAUAAGAAGUAAACAUUUUUCUUGUAUUAAGUACCAUAUAAACCAGAAACUGCUGCCAAAUUCUUAUAAUAUUUAUUAUCGCAAUAAUUCAUAAAUUUAAUUCUUUAUAAACACACGUUAGGUCGUGAACUAAAAUUGUUCUGCCGUAAUAUUAAAUUUCUGUGAAAGAAUUUCUGUAAAUCAAAUAGAAGCGAGUGUCGACGACGAUCCCAGAAACCCCAGAUAUUAAUAACGAAGACUUGGUCAUGAUAAUAUAAAGUGACAAAAUGAAAAAUUGUCCCUAAUUCCCACCAUUUCGUUAUGGCAGGAAAAAUGCACGAGAUAGCCGGAAGGAAAAAACGUGAAUUUCCCUGUUCAUUGUGUGGAAAAUUUGUAAUUUUACAUCUUUCGGCAUGAGAAUUGUCGCAUUGGGGUGGUGCUAAGAGGCGACGUUUGCAAGAGACACACCAGACACUCAAGAACAUACAUAGUGAAGAAAUCUUGC